UAGGACCAUGAACUUCUGAAGUUGCUGCUGCUGCUCCUCUCUCUCUGAAAGAAGAUUGAGCUUCACCCCAGACUGCAACUUCCUUCCUCUCUCCAACAUCUAGUAUUUGAUCUGAAAACUGAAGUUUAAAAAUCAACAGAUGAAGGGCUUAUGCCCAAAACACCGACUCUCCUGCUCCUCAGAUGCUGCCUGACCUGCUGUGCUUUUCCACACUUUUCAACUCGGACUCCCAAGCGUCUGCUGUCCUCAAUUUCAAGUCAAUGUCUGACAGUCGUUCAGUCCAUUGGGCCUGUAACGAGUUUUGACUAAGAUUCUGUGAGAAGGAGCAAAGUUUUUUGGUCCCUGUUUCAGUCCGUUUUCAGCAUCAGUGGGAUGGAAUGAGAGACCCUACUGUUACAGCGCACUGAGUGUGGAACCUAAAACAGUUAUCCAGCCUGGAAAGAGGAAUUCACGGUGGGGAGGGACUGUACACGUGUUUGUGUACCGCUGAAGCUUCAGCCAUGGAGAAACCCGAGGAAUCCCGCCCCGUGGAGAAAUCUUGGAAAUGUGGCGACUGUGGGAAAGGCUUCCAUGUCCCGUCUGUCCUGGAUGCUCAUCGGCGCAGUCACACUGGGGUCAGGCCAUUCUCCUGCCCUGAGUGUGGGAAGGGGUUCAGCAGUUCCUCCACCCUGCUGAGGCACCGACGGGUCCACACAGGGGAGAGGCCCUUCAGCUGCUCCGAGUGCGGGAAGGCCUUCAGCAAUUCCUCUGACCUACUGAAGCACCAGCGUGUCCACACCGGGGAGAGACCAUUCGCCUGCCCAGAGUGCGGGAAGGGGUUCAGCAGUUCCUCCGCCUUGCUGACCCACCAGAGGGUCCACACAGGGGAGAAGCCCUUCAGCUGCACCAAGUGUGGGAAGGCCUUCACCCAGGCCUUUUCCCUGCUGAGGCACCAGAGUGUCCACACAGGGGAGAGGCCAUUCACUUGCCCAGAGUGCGGGAAGGGGUUCAGCGAUUCCUCUGCCCUGCUGACCCAUCGGCGGGUCCACACUGGGGAGAGGCCUUUCAGCUGCCCUGAGUGUGGGAAGGCCUUCACCCAUGCC